AAAGUGAAAUAGAUGGUGCAAUUAUAAUUACGACACCACAAGAGGUAGCAUUACAGGAUGUUAGAAAAGAAAUUGAUUUUUGUAAGAAAGUAAAAAUACCUAUUUUAGGUGUUGUUGAAAAUAUGAGUGGAUUUAUUUGUCCGAAUUGUGGAGCAAAAAAAAUGGCUGAAGAUCUGAAUGUUAAAUAUUUGGGAUCAAUUCCCCUGGAUCCUAGAAUUGGAAAAGCAUGUGAUAUGGGCAUAUCUUUUCUUGAUGAAUAUCCGGAUUCACCAGCUUGUAAAGCUUAUUUGGACAUUAUUUCUGACCAAUAG